GUCAACGACGCCUGACAUAGGUACUCGUGCGGAGUACCCAAUAAUAUUCCCUCCUCCUGUAACAAGCAGCAGCAGCCCAAUAAAGAGAAAUGUAUGCGCAAAAUGAUGUUAAUCGUGGAGAAUUCACGUGGAAGAUCAGCAACUUCACUCAGCUUACUGCACGGGAGCUUAUUUCUGAAGCAUUCAUAGUUUCUGGUUGUCGAUGGAGACUUCUGGUACAGCCCAAAGGACAAGACUCGAACCAUUUGGCGCUGUACCUCAGUGUCCAUGAUUCUGAGACGUUGCCAAAUGGGUGGACCAAGUUCAGCUUGAGUGUGAUUGAUCAAAUCAACAAUGCUCGAUCCAUUAGAAUAGAGACGCAAUAUAAUUUCACUGCGAGCCUGAGUAACUGGGGUUUCUCGAGCUUCAUGCCAUUGACUUUGCUUCAUAACCCUAGUCGGGGAUACAUAGCCAAUGACACUUUGGAGAUUAAAGCCGAAGUUUGCGUCUUAACAGUUACUCCUCCGGUGAAUAUUCAGCCAGCCAGACCAACUGAUAACUUUGACUCCUAUUUUACUGGUCUGGAGGAACUCAUCAAUGCUUCAGAGACUAAUGAUAAUAGCGUAGGAUCAAGUUCGUGCAGCCAAAAUGGUGCCUCGGGGCUGAAACUCCUAGCUUAG